AUGCAAGGCCUGGCGGCAUCUUGCAAGAUCGUGCUCGUGAUGUUUCUGCUCGGCUUAGGCUUGGCAGGAGCAACCGCCGACAGCCGGAGGAGGGUCGUCUCCAGCAGCCCCGACGAGCCGUGCAAGAAGAUGACGCUCUACCUCCACGACAUCCUCUACAACGGCGUCAACAACACCGCCAACGCGACGGCGGCGCCGGUGACCAAGCCGACGGACCUGAGCACGUCGCACUGGAGCAACGGCACCUUCUUCGGCAUGCUGGUGGUGUUCGACGACCUGGUCACGGAGGGUACGGCGCUGCCGGUCGGCGACAAGGAGCCGGCGGCGCGCGCGCAGGGCUUCUACUUCUACGACGACGAGACGCGCGACCUCUCCAUCGUCGGCGGUACCGGCGACUUCUUCAUGGCGCGUGGCAUCGCGACGAUUCGCACGGACGCCACUGAGGGCUACUUCUACUUCCGCCUCAAGAUGGACACCAAGCUCUAUGAGUGCUACGUCUGA